UCACCCCCCAUAUCACAAAUGCAUCCUAACUUAGUGGCACCAGUGGUGUCCUCCCCAACUAAUCUCCUGCAAGUGCCGGGUUCCAAACUCCGUCUCUUGUGCAGCUACGGAGGCCACAUCAUGCCACGUGACAACUCCCUUUACUAUGUAGGCGGAGACACUCGCAUUGUGGCCGUGGACCGCCACUCAUCCUUAACACACCUUUGUUCUCACCUCUCCCGCCAUCUCCUUCAUGGAAGAAGAUCAUUCACUCUUAAGUAUCAUCUUCCCGAUGAAGACCUUGACAAUCUCAUCACUGUUUCCACCGAUGAAGACCUCCAAAACAUGAUCGAAGAGUAUGAUCGUUUGUCUUCAAACCCUUCCCCCUCCCCUUCUCGACUCAGAUUGUUCCUCUUUUUCUCCAAACCAGAAACUGCUGUUUCCAUGGACACUCUCCACUAUGACGACUCUAAUCAUUCGUGGUUCGUGGAAGCUCUCAACAACUCAGGGAUUCUCUCUCGGGUUGUUUCUGAUUCUGCUGCUGUUGUUGAUAAUUGCCUCCUCAACAUUGAUGAUUAUGAUGCAAGUGCUUCUAGCUGCAACGACGAAAAUACUAAUAAUAAUGUCAACAAGGAGCAUUUAAUUGAUGUGGAUUAUUCCGCACCUGUGGACGAGGAGGACAACAUGUUUAAUUAUUCAUUUGAUAAUCUUCCUCAAAUACGAGUUCGCAUUGAUGAACAGAAGCUUGUUGAUAUGGAGCAGCAGCAACAGCAGGAGGAUAACAACUUUGACGAUGUAAAAAUGGCGAAUGUGAAGCAAGAUGAUGCUUUUCAUGUGCAAUCACAGGUCAAAAGUGAUCAAAAUCAGCAAGGGGAACAAGUAAACAAUUCUACUUACACUUCAGCCCAACAACCGGAUCAAAAUCCGCAACAACCCGCCACAUAUCAAAAUCAAUUUGUCUAUAUUCACCGUCCUAUAGGUACAGGUCAAGUGCCAAUAUCAUCAUACUACCCUUAUUAUGCACCACAAUCACACCAACAACUUAAUCAGUUCCCAAUUUAUGUGAUGCCUAUUGGACUUGGAUCUACACAACCAUACAACAUGGCUUUGCAACCUAAUAUAGCUGACACAAAUGUAGUAGCCUCAGUUAGGCCACAAAUACCACAAAGUGUUGUAUCUGAAGUGACUCCAAGUGUUUAUAAAGCUCCUGUUGCAUCAAAUUCUGGUUUUAUUCAAAUACCUUCCAACCAAUUUCAGCAGCAAUAUGUGAAUUUGCCUCAAAAUAUUCACCAUCCACCACACCCUAUUUAUGGUUAUGACUAUGGUGGAGCUAUGCAAGAACAAGUAUACUAUACACAAACACAGCAACAGCAUGCAAAUGCAAAUGCACCGUCUCUGUACCAAUCCAUGACCCCGGCGGUUGCUGGAGCAGCAAUAUCAGAUGUUUCAAAACAAUUUCCUACAGAUAAAAUUCAGCAGCCAAACAAAAACUCACAACAAGUAUGAUUUCAA